GUCUGCAGGCCCCUGCAGUGAGAGCGGUGCAACUGGAAGAGAGCUGGCCGGUUGGGGAGGUGGAGGACGGGGAGAGAAGAGGAAGGAGGCUCCGGGAGCAAGCGAGACAAAAAGGGUCAGGCCUGGGACUUGGGAAAAUCGGAGAGCGGAGAAGAAGAAGGAUCAUCUCUUUUUUUGUUCCUUUGAGUUUAUUUUUCACCUCAUCUACAUCGCCCCCAUUAUUAGAUAUCACCCAUAGACUCGAUGAUGCCGUCCAACACUGUCACCAACACCACUGCAUUUAAAGGCUCAGGCUACACUGAUUCACCUGGAAACAGAAUGGGUGAAAGCACACUACGGGACACGGACCUGAUGACGGAGGAGAAGUCGGCUAAAGGUAGUGCCUCUUGUAAAGUUGGCAAGCCUGGAAGAAAGCGCAAGCAGUUUCCAGUCGAUAGCUGUGGCUCUCUUAAAGCCAGUGUGGGCGUGGGCAACGUCUACACUGGGGUGGGUAGGCCGUCCAUGGCCCAGGUCCACAAUGGUGACGUGGGUGGGCACAGAGACAGGACGCCUGACGCCUGCUUCCCAAAACAGGAGAAGAGGGAAGUGGAGAACGGGAUCCCCAGAGAUCCUUCCUCUUGCCGGGCAGAGGACAGCUCCCAGGGUCAGAGCCUUAGCUUGUCCCCAGAGAACGGAUUCCUGCCUAGCCGUGAAGACCAGGACUCGGAGAAAGACAAGGACGACAGCCUUACGACGCCGCACAAGAAACGAGGAAGGCGGAAACUGGAGCGCCCAACGAAAUAUGUGGAGCACAAGGAGGAGGACGGGCGUGAUGCAGUCAAGACCGAGGGAGGUCGAGGCAGGAGGGGCGUUGGUUGGGAGAUCAGCCUUCGUCAGAGGCCCAUGCCCAGAAUAACCUUCCAGGCUGGUGACCCUUAUUACAUUAGCAAGCGGACCAGAGAGGAGUGGCUGGCCAAGUGGAAGAUAGAGGCAGAGAAAAAGUCCAAACUGAUGUCAGCGAUGAAUGCGAUGAAAGAUCAUGAGGAGAAUGACACAGAGACCCAGAAAGAAGAGGUCUCAACAAUUAAGCACCCAUCGCCUUCAAAGCAGAAGCAGCAGCCUCAGUCGCACGCUCAGUCACAGCCUCAAUAUCAACAGCAAUCACAGCGGUUGCUGCCACAACAACAUCAGCAGCCACCUCAGCAGCAGCAGCAGCAGCAGCAGCCUACUGACCCCGCUUCCCCCACUGUGGCCACGACCCCUGAGCCUGUCGCCAUCGGAGGUGGCGAUAAGACGUCCCCCAAGCCUGCAGACACUGAGCUAGAGUAUGAGGACGGUCGUGGUUUUGGCAUUGGGGAGCUUGUUUGGGGGAAGCUUCGAGGCUUCUCGUGGUGGCCAGGCCGCAUUGUAUCCUGGUGGAUGACGGGACGGAGCAGAGCGGCUGAGGGAACCAGAUGGGUUAUGUGGUUUGGAGAUGGAAAAUUCUCAGUGGUCUGUGUAGAAAAACUCAUGCCUUUAAGUUCCUUUAAUAAUGCCUUUCACCAACCAACUUACAACAAGCAGCCCAUGUACAAGAAGGCCAUCUAUGAGGUGCUACAGGCGGCUAGCAGCCGGGCAGGCAAAGCCUUCAUGGCCUGCCCCGACAGUGAUGAAACAGAAACCUCCAAAUCAGUGGAAAUGCUGAACAAGCAGAUGAUUGACUGGGCUAUGACAGGAUUUCAGCCCACAGGACCCAAGGCUUUAGAGCCACCUGAAGAGGAGCGUAACCCAUACAAAGAGGUUUACCCUGAGAUGUGGGUGGAGCCUGAAGAAGCAGCCUAUACGCCGCCUCCGGCCAAAAAGCCUCGCAAAAGCCCAGCAGAGAAACCCAAGGUCAAAGACAUCAUUGAUGAGCGGACACGAGAGAGGCUUGUUAAUGAAGUAAGACAAAAGUGCCGCAGCAUAGAGGACAUCUGCAUCUCCUGUGGAAGUCUGAAUGUUAGCAUUGAGCACCCGCUGUUUGCUGGAGGAAUGUGCCAGAGUUGUAAGAAUUGCUUCCUAGAAUGUGCAUAUCAAUAUGACGACGAUGGUUACCAGUCAUACUGCACUAUCUGCUGCGGAGGAAGAGAGGUGCUCAUGUGCGGAAACAACAACUGCUGUCGGUGUUUCUGUGUGGAGUGUGUCGACCUCCUCGUCGGUCAGGGAGCGGCCCACGCAGCCAUCAAAGAGGACCCGUGGAACUGCUACAUGUGUGGUCAGAAGGAUGCGUUUGGUCUUCUGGGGCGUCGCACCGACUGGCCCAGCCGUCUCCAGCACUUCUUUGCAAAUAAUCACGACCAAGAUUUUGAUGCACCAAAGCUUUACCCCCCAGUCAUGGUGGAGAACAGGAAGCCCAUUCGUGUCUUGUCGCUAUUUGACGGCAUAGCAACAGGGCUUUUGGUGCUGAAAGAACUUGGCAUCCAAGUGGAUCGCUAUGUAGCUUCCGAAGUGUGUGAAGACUCCAUCACUGUGGGUAUCGUCCGGCAUCAGGGUCGCAUCAUGUAUGUUGGGGAUGUGAGGAAUGUCACACGCAAACAUAUACAGGAGUGGGGUCCCUUUGACCUAGUUAUAGGUGGAAGCCCAUGCAAUGACCUCUCUAUAGUCAAUCCUGCAAGGAAAGGUCUUUAUGAGGGCACCGGCCGCCUGUUCUUUGAGUUUUACAGGCUGCUCCAUGAGGCUCGACCGAAGAACGGGGAAAACCGGCCUUUCUUCUGGCUCUUUGAAAAUGUGGUUGCCAUGGGUGUCAGCGAUAAAAGAGACAUAUCUCGCUUUUUAGAGUGCAACCCAGUGAUGAUCGAUGCCAAGGAAGUGUCUGCUGCCCACCGCGCCCGCUACUUCUGGGGGAACCUUCCUGGCAUGAACAGGUUGGUGUCUGAAUGGCCUUUGAGUGCUAUGUACAAUGACAGGGUGGACCUCCAGGACUGUUUAGAGCAUGGCAGAACAGCUAAGUUUGACAAGGUGAGGACCAUCACCACCAGGUCUAAUUCCAUUAAGCAGGGAAAGGACCAGCACUUCCCUGUCUUCAUGAACGAGAAGGAAGACAUACUCUGGUGCACUGAGAUGGAAAGGAUCUUUGGCUUCCCAGUCCACUAUACGGACGUGUCCAACAUGAGCCGACUGGCAAGGCAAAGGCUCCUGGGCCGAUCAUGGAGCGUCCCGGUUAUCCGCCACCUGUUUGCACCACUCAAAGAUUACUUUGCCUGUGUUUGAGCAGCAAGAAAAGUCACUCGGAACCAUUUAGGAAAUACAACUCUGACUAGAAGUAAGAGCCUUGAUCCUCAGAUUAUACUCUUGUAUGAUUUGCGAGCGAAACAUUGACGUAGAUUUCACAUUAUUUCUUGUGUUUGAAUUGUAAUUCUUAUUCUAUUUAAUUUUGAUAUGUCAUUUUACCUUUUAGCAGUGUUAUCAAGUAUUGUUGAUUUGUUUGUGCAAGCUAUACUUGAGACUAUGCUUUCUUCUCAAGACACUGAGACAGAAAAGUGCUAAACCUGUAUUUUUAAAAGAGACGGCAAUGCGAUGGGAAAGACCCGAAAGAUAGGAAAUGGUUUUGAGAUAUGUGAAAUGUUUCUGCUGUGUGAGCAUACUGUAUAUCGGAGCUGCGAGGUUCCCACGUGCAGUGUGGCCAUGCCUCCAGCUACUGAGCCUCACAGAGAUGUGAAGAGAAAGAUGUUUUUUCUUUAGUGUCAGGAGAGCUGUCUCUAAAAAAAAAUCCAAAACACCAGAUCACAUAUACCUCUUUGUUUACAGUUUCUAUACACAACUGAAGGUAAUAAAGGUACUACUGUAAUAUGGUUACAAUACCAUGGUGCUCCAAGAUGAUGAGAAACAUCAUCGCCCAUGUGGCACUACAACCUUAGACAAUACGGAGCUCUUUAACCUGUUGCUGGAAAAAACAACAACUUGUGUUGGAUGUUAAGGAAAAAAGAACAAUUCUGUUCUGUGACUGUAGACUGCAAAAUGGAGCCUCGUCUCUUUUCUGCAUUUUACGGCUUUUAUACAGUUUGUACUGGUGCUCAUUUACUCUCUCAGCCUUGCCACACUCAGGCUCACUGCCUGGAUCUGCACAAACAGAAAGUGAAGCUAGCCACAUGGGCAAUGGUGUUUUCUGUCAUCCAAAAAAACAACAACUUACGUCUGUGAAACUAUUUAUUUCUAGUUUCAUCCUGACCAAUGACGUUACUGUACAACUGUUAGUAAGCGUGGGGAGGGAGGGUGACCAGGCCGGGUAACUCUCCUCAUCAACUUCCACCUCUCUAAACUGAAAAACUGUCAGGUGCAAAUCCUCAAACAAUAUGGUGCGGCUUCACAAAGUUCUUCUACCUUUUUAUAGCAAUUUUGUGCUGUUUUAUCAACAUUAUAAAGCACUUUUAUAUGUAUACUUUCUUUUUUUCCCUUGAUAUUUUAAAAAGAAAUAUGGGUUCUUGUGAAAUCUUUUGUUGUUUUGUUUUAUGAUGUGAACUGAUCUACCCUCGUAUAAUACGUUUUGUAUACAGUAGGGCUGUGCCAACAGAAGUGAAAGAGUGGAUAUUGAUAUGUGAAACCCAUGUUAGUUGACUCUAGUCUACAGUAGAGGGAUUGACAUUUGUUCCCCCCUUCCUCCAUCCUCCAUAUUGUUCCCUGUUUUAAAGCAGUGACACAGUAUGUUUCUAGCCAGAUUCAAAGAAUGUCUAUUUCUGUUAAGAUUGUAAAAUGUAACACAGAGUUAGGGACCUAUGUCAAGCGCUUGUAUAAUAUGUUGUCCCUUGUGAAGGACAGUUGACCCUUUUGCCAUUUCCCUGAUUAAUCAUAGUCGUCAUGUGGACAAAUUUAAGUGCUGAUCCAAAUUUGGAUUACAUUCACAAACUAAAUACUCUUGAUUGUAAGCUCUGAGAUAAAUAUGGAGGAUUUAGGCUGCAGUUCGUCAAAACAAAAAACUGACACAGUGUUUGACGAAGAUGUCGGCACUCAAAGACAAAAGAGGGUAAUAAAGACAAAUGUUAUCGCUUAUCUAUAUCAUAUUUAAGAUUCAAAAUUUUAAAUUUAAUUCUUAAUUUAAUUAAUUUCUUAAGUGACCUUAUUGCCAUCAUUUUUGUCCAUGCACACUAGACUCAAUAUGAGCUAUCGUGCUGUGUGAUAUUUUAACCCCCCCUCCCCCUCCUCCUAUAAUACAUAACAACCCCUCCCGUUUGUACAUUUUGUACAUAGUUGUUUUCCGGUUGCUGAUUUUACUUUGUUUUCAUCUUUUGUUUUUAUUACGUAUGAGAUGUACAAAUAUAAUUCUUUGCUAAUAUAUAUCAUCAAAUUAGGAAACAAAUCUUAGGUUAAAAAUCAAGUGACAAAUUUGAUUCAAAACUUGCUUUGAGCGUUAGAUGUAGGGAGACUCAAAGUCGACUACUUUAUCGUACUGAUUUAUUUGUGUCAAGUGAAUCCAGAUUGAAAGUAGCGGGAUUUUAACAGGGCCUAUGGACAGCUUUACGAUGAAGAACGGUCUCAACUUCACUGCACAGCCCUACCUGGUGGUGUCUUUUGCUUCUGUUUCCUUUUGUAAGACAUUACAAAGAGGGAUUGUUGGUGUUUUCUGAUGGUGCUAAACAUUUUAUCUGAACAAGAAAAAUAUAUUUGAUUGGAAAAGAAAUAACGUCUUGACAAUGACUGUUUUUAAGUUCCUUGUAGUAACGGAAAAGAACUAUUAUUUCACUCAUAUAAAUAUAUUAACAAAGGCAUUUUAACUUUGUACUUGAAAAAAUAAGGAUAACAAAUAAUGAAAGGUUUCCUAUAUUGUUUUAGACUAGAGAUUGCUGUAGUUGGUGCUUAUCUGUGGGAAAAUCGUGUGAGAAAAAAAAAGAAAAAAAAAACAGUAAUAACUUUUACUGUACUAUAAUGUAUGCUUAAUACACAUUGCUUCUUAAUUCUACAUUCCAUGCCGUAAUAUUCUCCUUGUCUGUUUUCAAACUGUUGUUUUGAAUUAAGGUUUGUUUUUUAUCGGAAACAACACUUGAGUUUUACUGUUCAAGGCAGGUCAAUAAUUCUAUAUUCGGUGAUAUUGUUGACACUGUGUGACUUUCUUUCUGUCAUAACUGUUGAUGGCCUAUACGCGUUUCCUCAAGACCAGUUCGUACAGCAGAUGUAGCAGUCAUUCUCCACUUCGACCGCCCCUUCCCCAUACUUAAGUUUAGUGUCCAGAGAGAAGAUAGAGUAUGUACUUGUGCUGGAGAACACUUGAAUAAAUGUAUUGUUUUUGUGCAAA